CAAUAUUAGCAUCCAAGCCUUUUUUCCAUUAAUUGGCAACAUGAAACCUAAACACAGCUGACCUCUCUAAAAAAUACAACAUAAUUUUUGUGCAAAAAUUAGGCGCCCAAUGCCUAAUUCUACUUAUUGAAAUUUUUAUUGGAAUAUUAGUAGCAGUUGCAGAAAUAAAUUUACAAACAUUUCGCAUUAUGUCAACUACUAAAGACUGCAGCCAGCAAAACUGGAAACACCCAGAUGAGCUCAUUAAGCUGCACAGAUUGAAACAGAAGAAAAAGCAGCUAGCUGCGCGUUUAAAUCAAAACAAAGUCACAACAUGCCUGGAAAAGUGUGAACUAGACAAAAAAGAAUUAUUGGAGGCGAAAAUUGCACAAAAACGAAAAAACCCAUUUGCAAUCAAGGCAACAGAUGCAAAACGAAACCGUACUGAUGGCACUCCGCUUAUUGAAGAUGAUUCCCUACUAUCUUUUAUCGACACUCCACCACCGAAGAAAGAAUCAUUUGUACGUGAAACGCCCACACGUCCACCGCCAGCAAAAUUGACAUUGCAGCCCUUCGAUCCGAAAUCAUUUGCUGCUAUGCUACAUGGUCAAUCGACGACAGAAAAUGAUGAAGAUGGCGUUUUAGAGGAGCAAAAAAUUACUAAACAUUUACCAAUGGACUGGAGUAUAAAAACGCGUGUGCGAAUAUUUUGUAAAAGUGAAUUGCCCACAACUACACUAAAAACGAGUCAGUUCGCAAGUGGAUUGACCAGUUUUGUGCGAUGUAUUGACCCACAAAAUAUCCAUUGCGGUUUAGAUAUAUCGCCUGCAACUCGCUUCAAUCAGUCCAGUUACUAUUGGCAAUAUCCUUACCUACCUUGGAUGACACUAUUCCCACGUAAUGCGAAAUGCAACAAUGGUAUUGUUCUUGGUGAACGAGAGCGCAAGGCCCUGGCUGAUGACUGGGAUUAUAGUUUUAGAGGUUUAUUUCAAUUGCUGCGUGCACGUCAAUGUCCAUACUUUUAUCUUUGCGCAAACACAUUUACCGUAUUAUUUCGUGCCGCAGGCACAGGUGGUUGCGUAGAAACACAUGCACUCAUGUCGCCAAGUACUCGAGGCGUGCGUAGUGCGUUGCGUCAGGAGGGCAUCGAGUACACGAUGCCGUUAAAAAAUGAUGGCGCUUUAAAUAAGUCUGAUGAUGGUAACUUUACAGAGGAAAGCAACAGUGCUGAUGCAGUGACUGAAGUUAGUGGUGGCAGCAGCGGUGACGGCUCCAAUCAACUACUAGUCGACGAUGAUGAGGAAGAUACCGACAACUUUUUGGAAAAUUUAGAAGUAAACGAUAAAGAUAUGCGCAGGAUUCAAACCGAGCAUACCCGCAGAAUGAAUGUUAAGGAAAUGGCCGAUGAUUUCAGUGAUAACUCACUUUUGCUAAUAGAGGGUGUAGAAUGUCAAGGAUUUUUUAGCUUUUUGCUAAAUGCCAAAAGUACCAUUUCAAAUGUUGGCAGGCUUGCAGGUAUACCCCCUACACUGUUGGCACCCGUAGCAUUCCCAAAAGCUACAAUGCAACAUUUGACUACGCGUUCCAGUAAAGUACGUAUGGAUGGUGUAGAUUAUAAUAGCAUCGAAGUUAAAGGUGUGAUAUUGCCCUCUUUCUUGCCGUACGCUUGCCACUUACUUGGAGAAACAAAAGACACAUUUAGCGCAACACUUGCCAGCAAUACCAACACACUGGCUUUCAGCAAGGCCACACAACGUAUGUCGGAACGGGCAAGUACCUCAUCAAAUGAACUAGAGCGAGAUAAAGUUUCCAAUGGCGAUACUGCUGGGCAGGUAUUUGGACAAGAGAACUUGUCGGACUGCGGGCUACUUCCCAGUGUUGUAGAGUGCAUGUGCCGCACAGGUGAAAAUUCCAUCGCACUUUUGGAACGUGUAUGCUAUGAUAAAGAAUGUGGCUUUGCAUGGAGCUGACAUGCCUAUCAAAGCUGAAAUGAUAUAUUCCUACACGGCAUGUUGCGCAAAUCUCACAAGCAAAUACUCUUACGACAGCUAGUAAUACGCAAUUAUAUAGUUAACUUUUUUUUAAAUAUAUAUAUUCAAACAAAAUAAUAAUUU